AGUGUAGGGUGUGUUCCGUUGCCAAGACAUGCAGACACAAUGUUUAUUGAGUUUUGAAAUAGUUUUUUGCUUGUCAACUUGUCAUUUAUCAAUAAAUAAAGUGCUGUGUUCAAAUAAUAAGUCAGUGGUGAAUUGAAAAAUGCUCCGAAAUUUUCUCUCUCAUCAGUCUAGAGCAAUUUUGACAUGGGCUCCCUACAGAAAGCCGGCCUUUUGGAUUGUUUUUCUAGCCAUCUUGCUUCCCUUCAUUAUUCCUGUCAUUCACAUGAACAUUUUUUCGAGAUUAUGGAAACAAUAUAACAGAAAAAUUGACAGAAAAACUUGCUCGUGCUCAUGCUGGGAUACUGUUUUCAAAGGGAACUAUGAAGCAGGAAUCAGUGGUUACAAACACAUGUACUUCAAUUCAACUGAACAGUCUGCAAAAAUAUGGUUAUUAACAGUUCUCUAUGUUAUUGCUUGUUAUGAAUCACUAAAGUAUCUGUUGCAGCUGUGGUGUAGGAAAGAGCUUCGUUACACCAUGUUCAUAUUGUUUGCUAGUGUAGUUUACUCUCACUAUUAUUCAUUUUGGGGUUAUGUCAACUACUACAAUGAUGAUUUCUAUUCCCAAUUUUAUCAUCAAUUGUUCUUUUCCUUUACUGAAAUUUGUAGCACAUAUUUCGUGCUGAAACUUGCUGAUCUUAAUGUUGAAUUAUCAUCUGGCAAAUUACUUUUGAUCAUGGACAUUGCAGUCCUUCAUGUAUUAACUGCUGGGUGGGAUCAGUUUGUUACGAAUGUAAUCAAACAGGAAGGUGAACUGCAUCAAGUGCUGAGGGACAUUUUUUUCAUGUUACCAGAUCUUUUACAUAUUGUCAUUGCCAUUUAUCAACUGUUCAAAUUAUCGAAAAUCAAAAAAAGACCCGUGACGCACCUGAUUUCAAAUGAGCAGUUCUUUGGCUCUGUAUUUCUUGUUUCUGCUUUAUGGGUUGUAUGCCUCACAUUGUAAAUGCUGUUGAUAUGUGGGUGGUGGAUUAAUUAGACUAUCAAAUUGUUGUUAAAUAAAAUUUUUCAAACUA